CGCAUUAAGCCAACCGUUCUACCCCUUCCUCCUUUUCACCAUGACUGACCCUUACUCUAAUUUCUCCAGCCAGUGGUUCAAAUUCAAUUCUCUCCACCAUUUUUCUUUCCCAAACCCUCCUUCGCAGCCUCUCUACAAUCACAACUUCCACUCAAACAGUUUCAUCAACCACCACAACCCUAUUCACUAUCAAUCACCACCUCCUUCACCUCCUCUAAAAGAAGCCCUACCUCUCUUGAGCUUAAGCCCAACAAGACAUGAUGAACAAGAACCCUCCUGCAGUGACAUGGAUGUGGACAAAAUCAAAGCCAAAGAAGAAACUCAGAGCCUAGCUUGUAUUACUGCUGCUGAUGAUGAAACUGUAACUGUAGCUCUGCACAUAGGACCACCAAACCCUAGUGCUGCUGAUCUGGCCUCUAUGCUCUCUUCUUCCACAGAAACCACUGACAAAGAUGGAGAUGGUGAGAUUUCUGGGUACCCCAUGAACAGACUCAACAAGGGUCAGUAUUGGAUUCCCACCCCUUCUCAGAUUCUCAUUGGUCCUACACAGUUCUCAUGUCCUGUUUGCUACAAGUCCUUCAACAGAUACAACAACAUGCAAAUGCAUAUGUGGGGGCAUGGAUCUCAGUACAGAAAAGGGCCAGAAUCACUAAGGGGAACUCAACCAACAGGCAUGCUUAGACUUCCAUGCUAUUGUUGUGCACCAGGGUGUAGAAACAACAUUGAUCACCCAAGAUCAAAGCCACUCAAAGAUUUCAGAACACUUCAAACACAUUACAAGAGGAAGCAUGGAAUCAAACCGUUCAUGUGCAGAAAAUGUGGCAAAUCCUUUGCUGUGAGAGGAGAUUGGAGAACCCAUGAGAAGAACUGUGGGAAGCUUUGGUACUGCAUAUGUGGGUCAGAUUUCAAGCACAAGAGGUCUCUCAAAGAUCACAUUAAGGCCUUUGGACAUGGCCAUGCAGCUUAUGGGAUUGGCAGCUUCGACGAAGACGAUGAACCUGCAUCUGAAAUUGAACAAGAUAAUGAGUCCAUGAAGUGAUAUAGAAGAAAGUGGCUAUGAAGUUUAGAGAAUUUUCUUCCUUCAUGAGUUCAUAUGGAUGGUUUUCUAGCCUUCUCUAUCAAAAGUAAUGGAGGUUUAGCUCUAAUUUACUUCGAUGACCACUUUUUAUUGUUAUCUAUUGGUCCUGCUUGGCAAUAUUUGUAGGAUUCAUUAUACAUUC